AAUGGUUAAGAUGAAUGUUCUCAAUGAUUGCCUUCGUUCAAUUGUGAAUGCUGAAAGGUAUUAUAAAUUAUUAAAUUUGAAAAGACAAGGAAGAAAAUAAGUGUUAAUUAGACCAACAUCAAAAUUAGUUGUGAAAUUUUUGCAAGUGAUGUAAAGACAUGGAUAUAUUGGAGAGUUUGAAAUUGUCGAUGAUCACAGAAGUGGAAAGAUUGUUGUCGAAUUAUUGGGUAUACAUUUUUUUUUUACUUUAAGGACGCAUCAAUAAAUGUGGAGUCAUCUCACCUCGUUAUGAUGUGACCUUAGGCGAAUUUGAGAGAUGGGCAAAUAACAUUUUACCAGCAAGAUAAUUUGGAUGCGUUGUGUUAACUACUAAUGUUGGCAUUCUUACUCAUGAAGAGGCUAGAUAAAGACAUAUCGGAGGUAAAAUCCUUGGUUUCUUCUAUUGAU